AUGAGUCUGGGCAUCAUGGAAGAGGAAGACCUGGCCGAAUACUUCCGGCUGCAGUAUGGGGAGCGGCUGCUGCAACUACUGCAGAAAUUCCCCAACCUCGAGGAUCAGUCGGAUUCCCCAUCCAUCCGGCUGCUGGAGAAGAAGAAGGAGGCCAAGAUUGUCCACCAGGCUAUGGAGCAGAAGAAGGAGAUGUUUCAGCGCCGAAUGGAGAUGCUGACCAUGCGCUGGGAGGAGCUGGGCGUCAAGGAGGCACAGCUAAAGGCCUACAUCCAGAAGUUUGAGCAGUUCAUUCAGGAGAAUGACCAGAAGCGGAUCCGUGCCCUGAAGAAGGCCAACAAGGAGCGGGACCUCAAGCGGCAGCGCAUCCGAGAGCUGGCCAAGGCCAAGCAGGAGAUCGUGGCCCUGCGUGUGGAGCACCAGCGGCUGAGCGCCAAGCUACAGGACUACGCCAUCUUCAACAAGUACCUGGAGAAGGUGGUGGAGAACUCGGAGUUUGAAGAGAUCCACGAGGUGAUUGCGCGCUACAAGACACUGGUGAGCAUGCACCACGACCUCAUGCAGUCGGCUCAGGAAGGCCAGGAGAACAUUGAGCGUGCCAAGGCGCGCCUGGCACGCUACAUGGAGGAAAAGGACGAUGAGAUCUUGCAGCAUAACAAUGACCUGGCUCGCCUGCAGAUGCGCUUCGACCGUGCCCGCAGCGACGUCAUCAUCUGGGAGUCUCGCUGGGCACACAUCCAGAACACAGCGGCCAAGAAGACCCUCCUGCUUGGCACCAUCAAGAUGGCCACACUGAACCUUUUCCAGAUUGUCAACAAGCAGCUCAAAGACAUGGCCCACGUAUCCCUGGAGGACACGCACAAGCAGCUGGACAUGAUCCAGCAGUUCAUCCAAGACCUGUCAGACAUCUGGUCGGAGGUGAAGAAGAAGGAGCAGCAGCAGAUCCGAGUUUAAGCAGGCAGCAUGGUUCUGGAAUGUUCUGAGACAGAGACUGAGAGAGAACAAGUUGGUGGUGAUCACGCAG